AUAUCUGGGUGUGUUUGUAACACUAAAGAAGCCACUUUUCACCGAGUUAUAUCAAUGAUCCGUUUUCUUUUUUCAAGUCAGCAACUUGUUUUGAUUUUGACAACAUUCUGCAUGGUUACCAACCAAAAUAGAAAGCUGGAUUUGCACCUUGGGUUUACACCCUAAUGCAUAUUUCAGUAAUUACAUCCAUUUCACUUCUAGUUCGCUGAGGAUCAGAGUAAUUGAAGUACAAUUCAUGCGCAUCCCUCCUGAUGUGCCCGUCAGAAUACCAGAAGGGAAGGAGACAGGGUACACAUCGCAUUCUCUCCUCGUUGUAGCGGUAGGGGUUUCUACUGGGACCGACACGGACUGCAUCCAGCAGCAGCAGCAGCAGCAGCAGCAGCACACACCCCUCAGCGCCGGUGAUGCAUCCCCGCGGCAAGGACACCGGCAACUCCUCCUCAGAGUCGUCCCGACUUUAGGAUGGUGCAGAAAUCUCUCAACGGCGGGGUCUACCCAGCUGAAGCCGGAGAGAAGAAGCACAAAGUCGGCUUCGUCGGCUUGGACCCCGGCGCUCCGGAAUCCACGAGGGACGGGGCGCUCCUCAUUGCGGGCUCAGAGAGCACCAAGCGGAGCAGCAUCCUCAGCAGACCCAGGUCCAGCAUCUCCUGCGGGAGACCCAGACCGUCGAAGAAAAAUGCCAGCUAUCGGAAACUACAGCAUUUCCUCUACAACGCGCUGGAGAGACCGCGGGGAUGGGCGUUCGUCUACCACGCUUAUGUCUUCUUCUUGGUCUUCUCCUGCCUUAUCCUCUCAGUCUUUGCCACCAUCAAAGAAUAUAAAGACAGCUCAGAAAACGCCUUGUACAUCUUGGAAAUUGUGACCAUCGUGGUGUUCGGAGUAGAGUACAUCGUAAGGAUAUGGGCUGCUGGAUGUUGCUGUCGGUACAGAGGAUGGAGAGGGAGGCUAAAAUUUGCCAGAAAGCCUUUCUGUGUCAUAGACAUAAUGGUGCUGAUUGCUUCAGUGUCUGUUCUGGCGGCUGGAUCUCAGGGGAAUGUUUUUGCCACCUCGGCCAUCAGGAGUCUGAGAUUCCUACAGAUUCUGCGUAUGCUUCGAAUGGACCGCCGCGGAGGCACCUGGAAGCUGCUCGGAUCUGUCGUUUACGCCCACAGCAAGGAGCUCAUCACAGCCUGGUAUAUUGGUUUUCUGUGCCUCAUCCUGGCUUCUUUCCUGGUCUAUUCUGUGGAAAAGGAGGUGAACCAAGAGUUUGACACCUAUGCUGAUGCUCUUUGGUGGGGAUUGAUCACUCUCACCACCAUUGGUUAUGGUGAUAAAGUUCCCAAAACCUGGAAUGGACGUUUGCUGGGAGCUGCGUUCAGCAUGAUAGGUGUGGCUUUCUUUGCACUUCCUGCUGGCAUUCUUGGUUCGGGAUUCGCCCUCAAAGUUCAGGAGCAGCACAGGCAGAAACAUUUUGAGAAGAGACGCAACCCUGCAGCGGGCCUAAUCCAGGCCGCCUGGAGGUUUUAUGCCACUAACCUGUCCCGCACAGAUCUGCUGUGCACUUGGGAUUUUUAUGAGCAGACUGUAGCUGUUCCAAUGUAUAGAAUCAUCCCGCCUCUGAAUCAACUGGACCUGCUGAGGAAUCUGAAGGGAAAAACAUUCAGGAAAGACUCUCAGGCUGAAACCUCGCCCAGUAGAGAAAAUGCACACAAAGACAGACUUUGUGGGUGCUGCCCAAGAACUCUUAGCCGGAAAGCCAGUCUGAAAGACAAGGUGUUUCCCAGUCCUUCCAAAGCCCCUGUGAUUAAGGGUAAAGCCCUGUCUCCGGGGGCAGAAGACGGGGCCGAAGCGAGCCCCAGCAAGAUCACCAAGAGUUGGAGCAGAGUCCGGGGCAGCACCUCACGGCAAAACUCAGAUGUGCUGAUUGAAAUGCAGGACGAAGACUUUGGACUGAAGAGUUCUCCAGCAAUUGAAGGUUUAAUAAAGGCAAGUCUCCCCGGAGAGGAGAUUGGUGAUGAUAAGAGCUGCCACUGUGAGUUUUUCACCCAGGAAUUACCUCCAGGAUUGAAGGUUACAAUUAGGGCUAUUUGCGUCAUGAAGUUUCUGGUGUCAAAGAGGAGGUUCAAAGAGAGUCUGCGGCCUUAUGAUGUCAUGGACGUGAUCGAGCAGUACUCGGCGGGUCACCUGGACAUGCUGUGUCGCAUUAAGAACCUGCAAUCCAGGAUAGAUAUGAUUGUGGGGCCCCCUCCCCCAACAACACCUCGCCAUAAGAAGUCCACUGAAGGUCCUAGAGUUGAUCAGAUAGUUGGUAAAGGUCCCAAAGUCGACGGGGAUGCAGCUGAGGAUCAGAGCAUGAUGGGGCGACUAGUCAAAGUGGAGAAACAGGUGGGCUGCAUGGACAGGAAACUUGAUUUCCUCGUCAAUGUGUACGUGCAGCGAAUGGGCAUCAGCCAUUCAGAAACUGAGGCCUUUUUCAACUCCAAAGACACGUGUCCCGCGCCGCCUUAUCACAGCCCAGAGGAGACCAAGGAAGAGAAGGAAGAAGAAGAAGUGAAGAAAGCCAAGACAUGUUCAGCAGCAGCAUCAGAUGUCUCACGCUCUAAUGGGUCUCUGGAAAAGAAAGAUCCUCUACUUGGUCAGUCCGUGGCGAGGUCAGAAGGCACUCCAUCUGGCAGCAACAGCCGCCCUUCUACUUCUUGGCAGCACCAGCUGCAGCACCCCCUCAGCCAGCCCGCCUGGGGCAGCAGCUUGGCCAACACCCCUUCACCAGUUGGAGGUGGCGGCGACCAGUCGCCCACCGUCUUCCGCCUUCCUCCUCCCCCUGCUCCGAUGCAUGACAGGUCGUCCUCCGGCCCGUGCGGGAGCGGCAGGGAGAGCAGCUCGCGGAGCAGAAGGCGCCAAAGGAGGCACAGGUGUCAGCAUGACGCCACCGCUGUGGAGAGCGACACCUCCCUCUCCAUCCCAUCUGUUGACCACGAGGAGCUGGAGCGCUCCUUCAGUGGCUUCAGCAUCUCUCAGGCCAAAGAGGACUUCUUCGGGCCUUCUUUCUUCACAGGCCCAGGAGGAGGCGGAGCAGCGGUUGAAGCUGGAGGCGGACAUUCAGUCUGCGCCAGGGUCCGACCUUUUAUAGCUGAAGGGGAGUCAGAUACAGACUCUGACCUGUAUGCUCCCUCACCGCUGUCCUUCACCGGAGAGGCCUCCUGUGGGGAGAGGGGCUGGCCGGGAGUGAAGUAGGUCGGAGGACUGCUCUGCCCAGGCUGGUGGUGACAGAUCAGUGCCAAGACGAGAUCUUCAGAGCUCCAAUCCCACUAACCUGCUGUCCGCAAUGAUGAUGUUUUAGUCAAUUCUGAGUGGACUCAAAUAAGAGGUUGUGCGUUAUGGCAGAGGUUAUAUUACUAGCGGUAGUCCAAUAACCUCAUUUCUCCUCAUAUUUUAUGUUUAUAAUGAAACAUUUCACAAGCAUUUAUUAUUGACAAUUGCUUUGUAUACUUUAUAGAUCUUGAGAGAUUGGGAAAAAUCUGGAGGCCCUGUCAAUACUGACAUGGAUGUUUAGUGAAAAGAAAAAUUUCUGCUGUGCUGGCAGUUCUCAUCCACAAAAAAAUAUUCCUGAUGAAAAAAGUUGAGAUUUUUCAAAACACCAUCAGUGGUCUGGCUUAGUGGACUAGAUAGCUAGAGGUUAUUCUGAAGUCUGCAAAGACCCAGAAGCCCUCACACUACCUCCCCACUAACACCGUCUGUGCUUCCCAAUAACUGCAAAUGUAACUCAACAAAGGUGUAAGACGGAGAGGAAAUGACACAGUGUCAAAGCAAAGUCUCUUUUGAACGUGGGUGUUAUUAAAGUUGCUAUUAUAGCCCCCUACUGGCACAGCUAAGGAACUACAGUCUUUUUGAUAGGAAUCCCAGACAACAAAAACGCUAAUUUUCUUUUCUUUUUUCAUCAGUUCAAAAGCCUAUGUGGAGAAGUGGAGACGGCGCUUAAGUUUGUCAAACGUUUUAGUCAAGAAUGGUUUGGAGUGAAAUAUCAACCUUCUGCAUUCUGCUAGUAUUUACCAUGAUUUAGAUCGCCACAGAGUUUAACACCACGUUUUAUGUCAAAAACAUUUUUGCAUAAAAAAUACAGUUUGUGUAAUGCAAAGUUGUGAAAAUCUGGUUAGCAUAAUGUCUUGUAAACCUCUAUAUCUUUGAAUGACUUGAGGUAUUUCGACGCCCAACCUUUUGCUAUGGUAAUUGAGUAGAUUCUUGCAAAGUAAAAACAAAUUUGCUUGCUUACAAUGUCAAUAAUUCAGUUUACAGACCCCCCCCCCCCCCCCACACACACAUACAAUAAAAAUAAAAACAAGAAAAGCAAUGCAAAAAAAAAAAAAUUAACUUCCCCUUACAGUAAUACAAAUAUUUCGGUAAAAAAAAGGUAACUACUGAGAACCUCUUGCAUGGCAUGUUAAAUGGUUGAUUUUAGGACUGUGUUAGGCAGGCUAUAAGCCAAAAUAGCAACAAACGGUCAGCUCAAGUACUUUGCUUUACUGUUCUGUAGAGACAGACAAAGUGGUGCAUAAAACAUGAAGUAAAACACAAUAUGCAUGCAUGAGGGGUUUCAAGCGAGUAUUCUUAAUGCUCCUGAAAGGCUUUGCUUGACUUCCAAUCAUGCAAAUGCCACCUGGGCUUGCAAAAUUUUACCAACACAACUUUUUUAGGCAGACUUGCACACAAUUUCUGUGCAAUGUUAAAUAUAAGCAAAAAAAAGAAGAAAAAAGAAAAGCAAUUUGAUGCAGCUUGUAUAUUUUUAUGGGUUUCACACCAAAUGCAUUGUUGAAGUUGGAUUGAGUGACCUUGGAGGCGUCAGUUUCUUACUCAGACAUGAUGAUGUUUAUCCUGCACUGCUUUGAUCUUUCAUGUAGAUUAUCUGACGCUACGUCAGCUCUGCAACAGAAGAGGAAAUGCAAUAAGGAAGCUAAUAGGGCAACUGAAAACCUCUUUGAACACACAUAGCCUUAUUUUCACACCAGAAUCCAUUUUAUAAGUCCAUGAAUCAAUUAUUUCCUUUUCAAUAUUUCAUAAAAGAGGUGAGUCGAUCUCCAGUCAGUGGUCAUAUGAGAUUCUGUGGAUUAAAAACACAGGUGAAAUAUUUGACAAUUUGAUUCAGUUUGAACAUACAGCAUUUACGGAUUUUUGGCAUGAGCAGUUCCUAUUUGUUACUAACCAACUUCCAACAUUUAAACAUUACUUGUCAACCGCAGAACUCAUGAAAAGAAAAAUAAUCUAGUGGAGACUGUUCCUACAAAACCCAUAUUGUAGAAAAAGAAAAGAAAAAAGACACAAGAAGCGGCAGGCAUGUUUUUAUUUUAAUAAACCAGACCAACUUCAACACAUGAUGUAACGGCACCUUCAUCCUCUUCAAGAAUAAAACUUUGUACAUCACUGAA